AUGUGGAAAUGGAUACUGACACAUGGUGCCUCAGCCUUUCCCCACCUGCCCGGCUGCUGCUGCUGCUGCUUCUUGUUGCUCUUCUUGGUGUCUUCCUUCCCUGUCACCUGCCAAGCUCUUGCUCAGGACAUGGUGUCACCGGAGGCCACCAACUCUUCUUCCUCUUCCUCCUCCUCUUCCUCCUCCUCCUCCUCCUCUUCCUCCUCCUCCUCCUCCUCUUCCUUCUCCUCUCCUUCCAGUGUGGGGAGGCAUGUACGGAGCUACAAUCAUCUCCAAGGAGAUGUCCGCUGGAGGAAAUUAUUCUCUUUCACCAAGUACUUUCUCAAGAUUGAGAAGAACGGAAAGGUCAGCGGAACCAAGAAGGAGAACUGCCCGUACAGUAUCCUGGAAAUAACAUCAGUGGAAAUUGGAGUUGUUGCCGUCAAAGCCAUUAACAGCAACUAUUACUUAGCCAUGAACAAGAAGGGGAAACUCUAUGGCUCAAAAGAAUUUAACAAUGACUGUAAGCUGAAGGAAAGGAUAGAGGAAAAUGGAUACAAUACCUACGCCUCCUUUAACUGGCAACAUAACGGCAGACAAAUGUAUGUGGCAUUGAACGGAAAAGGAGCGCCCAGGAGAGGACAGAAAACACGAAGGAAAAACACCUCAGCUCACUUUCUUCCGAUGGUGGUUCACUCGUAGAGGAAGACAGUGUUGGUGGAUAUCAAAGGCUCUUUGGCCAAGAACAGUUACCAUUCUUCAUGAACGUGAUAAUACUGAAGGCAAACACGUCACAGACAUCUGCUCGUUGUAAUGAAAGGAAGCCUUUGGAGAUGUUUUUAUUCACUGCUGACGUACCUAUAAUGUUCUUUUCAUUAGCUCUGUGUCAUGCCUUAUAACCAAGAUAUAGGCAGAU